GUAGACAACUCAAGAACAAACGUUCAAUUUAACAGCGAAUUAAUUGUUCAAAUUGUGAUGUUUGCCCUAAAAACGUGUGUUUAUGUAGGUGUUCUCUAGUUGGAUUAUUUGAAAUAUUGCCACACAGUUGAUUUAAUGGACUUUAAACUUUAAAGAUAAUGGCAAAAAAUGACUGUAAAUUGCUAUGUAAAUCAAGACAUGUAAAACAAGGUCAUGCGAUUCUAUCUUGCUGAACAAAAACGCACUAAACGACAUAACAACACUUCGCUAAUUCUACUGGAAAUGAAGUGGGUGGAAGAUGUUUUUAAAAUGACCACAGUGGAUGGGCUUCAAGUACGUGUUGCAAUUCCAAAACAGGGGAUUUUCCAUGGCUGGAUCGACGCUCUUAUAAAUAAAGGAUUGGGCUUUUUAGCAAUCUUAUCUCCACCGCUUUCAUAGAUAUUCUGAAGUAUUUUCCACUGAUAAUGUUAUUCCACUAAGUUGAUCCUUGAUCGCGGUGUUUCGGCGUUAAUUUAGGGUGUUUACUGGCAGAACGAAAAUAUGUCGCCCAAUGAGGAAAGUGAAGCGGAAUCGGAGCCAAAUUACAGGAAGUUCUUUCCAGAAAAAACGAUUUGGUUCAAAGGGGUGCGAAGCUCCAAGUUUCGUCACGUUUAUGGGGAACCGGCUAAAAGAGACAAAUGCUACGAAAACAUCCAGAUAACGAAAAAUGCACAUGAUUCACAAUUUUGCGCGGUUAAUCCGAAAUUUUUGGCUGUUGUAACGGAGGUAGCUGGCGGUGGGGCAUAUAUUGUCGUCCCGAUUAAUUGCACUGGAAGGCUCGAUUUCAAUGCCAGCAGAGUGACUGGCCAUUCAGGGCCGAUCUUGGACAUCAAAUGGAACCCUUUCAACGACAACGUGAUUGCAUCGUGUUCCGAUGAUUGCACUAUUAAACUGUGGCAUAUUCCCGAUGAUGGACUUGCGAUGCAUUUGAACGACUGGCUCGUUGAGCUGCAGGGCCAUAAACGCCGAGUAGCAUACAUAGAAUGGCAUCCCGUUGCAGAAAAUAUUCUGUUCAGUGCCGGAUUCGAUCACUUGAUUAUUCUGUGGGACAUCGAACGAGGAGAAGCAAUUAACGUGAUUGAUUGUCACCCAGACGCAAUUCACUCCAUGUCCCUAAACCGCGAUGGAAGUCUAUUGGCUACCACUUGCAAAGAUAAACGCUUGCGGGUGAUUGAACCUCGAAGCGGAAUAGUGAAAUCGGAAGGAAUAUGCCAUGAAGGCUCUAAGGCCAGCAAAGUGGUCUAUUUGGGAUCGACUGGACGACUCUUGACCACUGGCUUCUCAAGGCAUUCGGAUAGAAGAUAUGCUGUGUGGGACGAGAACAACCUUUCCAGCCCCCUAUUCGGAGACACAAUCGACAGCUCAUCAGGAAUAGUCUUUCCAUUCUACGAUCCAGACACCAACAUUGUAUUUCUGGCCGGAAAGGGCGAUGGAAAUAUUCGAUUUUAUGAAAUUUGCGAUGAAUCGCCCUACAUUCACUACCUCAGCCAAGUGAUAUCGGGAAAUCCUCAAAGAGGAUUAGGUUUCAUGCCCAAACGCGGCCUGAACACUUUGCAAUGCGAGAUUUACCGAUUCUACAAACUGCACGCAACCAAAGGUCUUUGCGAGCCCAUCAGCAUGGUUGUGCCGAGAAAAAGUGACCAAUUUCACGAAGAUUUGUAUCCAGACACUGCAGCAGCGAAGCCUUCGCUCUCGGCCCAAGAGUGGAUCAAAGGAGCCAAUGCGCCCCCGGUUUUAAUGUCGAUGCGAACAGGACAAAGUCUGGCUUUGGAUAUCCAGGCUAUAAAGCAACGAAAAUUCGUAACUAAAACCAAGGAAGCCCCGGUUAUCGACAAUAACAAGCGCAAAUUUCAGUUCCUUUCGACUGAAACAGUGCCUGACUACAGGCCGAAGGACGUUCAGGAUGAGAAGAGCAAGAAAACUACAACGAACCAAACCACAAAGUUCCAGCAACUGCAGCAAAGAUGGUCAAGCACGAUCGAGGAGCCUGGCAAAGACAUUCCCUUGUUCAAGGAGAUUAACAGCAUUGGAGACAAUAUUCUUACCGAACAUGAUCUGAGAUUGGCCUACCAAAUCCAAUCGGAUGAAGUGAAGAAGCUGAAAAAACAACUAUCAAAUAGUGAGCACCGUGUACGUGAGUUGGAGGAACAAAUUAGAAAACUUACCAAAUUGUAAACUCCAUCAAAAUUCUUAAAGCGUUACAAAACUACUUUAAAUCCGCUUGUGCUAUAUUGCGUGCUAAUGCUACCUAAUUGUUCUUACACAAAAUGGAAUCUUCUAGGGUUUAAAAAUACGGAAAUCUGGCGAUUAUUCAGCGCGCUUUGUUACCAGUUCGUAACAUAUUUAGAGCUAUAUGACUUCCUACUAGUGUAAAUUUUGUCUAGUCAAAAUGCACAUUGUUUUCCAAAUAAAAAGAAACCGGUUCGAAUUUGCACAAGCAAGCUCUGUGGUUUGUUCUACUUUUUCCACUAUGCAUGUACGAUUAUUUAUUUUCUACUUUUUUAUACUUUACCGUGUAUGAUAAUUCUGGUGGAGUUGGAAUCAGUUAUUGGUUUACGUUCUAGUAUGUUAGUUAUAAAAUUGACAGUAUUAUUGUGACCUUUAAAGUAAUCUUAAUAUUUUUGUACACUAGUGAAUGUUGAGCUUUGGAGCUUUAGCCAAAUUGAUAGAAUAUUUUUGUAGUUCUCUACUUAAUAGACGUAUUCAAUAUUCCUGCAA